AGAGAGAGAGUGGGUGAGGGAGUGUGAAUUUAUCAUGGGUAAAAUUUGUGCUUCAUUCUAAGCUGUGGGCUGAGCAUCCCUGCACCGGCAUGCACAGUCUCCCAAAGCUCAUACUGCUGAAGAGUACGCCCAUCGCUCCUCUCUCUCUCUCUCUCUCUCUCUCUCUCUCACCCAUCCACCCAACCAACCAGCCUCUCCCCGACACACACACACACACUCACACACACACACGUGCUCACACACACACACACACACACACACACACCGUGCUGUCAGGAGCGCCGCUGCUGGACCACAGCCAUCUCGCGAAGGAGGUUCCAGCGGAGGCAAGAGAAAGCCAGAGCGAGACAAAGGGAAGGAGGACGGUAAAAGGCGAGGAGCGAAUAGGAGCGCGGGGACUGGCACAAGGAAGGAGAGACCCAACGCUUUGUGAAGAACAGAAAGCCAGGAUCAGGAGGAGGGAGGAGGAGAGAGGAAAAAAAGAGGAGGGGGAACAGGAAACGCGAUCACUUUCAGCUGCAGCGGUCCGUGUCGCAGCAUGGGCAAUGCACCAUCCCAAGCCAACGCCGGGGCCUGUUUUCCUAAGCAAGAUCCCGAGCGUGGUGGCAGUCACAUGAUCUCGACGGAUGACUUGGAGUAUCCGCGGGAGUACCGGACGCUGGGGAACAGCGCCCGGCGUUUCUCCAAUGUGGGCCUGGUGCAUACGUCGGAGCACCGCCACACCGUCAGCGCCGCCCAGAGCCUGGAGGCCCUGACCAACCUACACAAGGCUGACAUGGAACGCAAGCGGGACGCCUUCAUGGACCACCUGAAGAGCAAGUACCAGCAGCAGCAACAGCAGCUGCAGCAUCCACACCACAGCCCCCACCACAACCCGCCGUCGCCCUCGCCCUCCCACGCCAGCAUGAGGGGCACAUCAGAACGGUCUGCACGAGAACAGCAACAGCCCAACUACUGGAGCUUUAAGAGCCGCAGUCCACGCCAUUCCCAGUCUACCCAGUCGGGACUCGCCGACCAGGCCGCCAAGCUUUCCUUCGCCUCCACUGAAUCCUUGGAGACCAUGUCGGAAGCUGACAUGCCCCUCGGUUUCAACCGGAUGAACCGAUUUCGCCAGAGCCUGCCGCUGUCCCGCUCUGCCAGCCAGAAUAAGCUACGUUCUCCAGGCGUGCUGUUCCUGCAGUAUGGAGAUGAGACACGUCGGGUGCACAUCACCCACGAGCUGAGCAGCCUGGACACGCUGCACGCUCUCAUCGUGCACAUGUUCCCUCAGAAGUUGACAGCAGGUAUGCUGAAGUCGCCCAACACGGCCAUCUUGAUCAAGGACGAGGCGCGCAACGUCUUCUAUGAGCUGGAGGACGUCCGGGACAUUCAGGAUCGCAGCAUCAUCAAGAUUUACCGCAAAGAGCCCAUCUAUGCUUCUUACCCAGCUGCUGCACACCUGGCUAACGGAGACCUCAGGAGGGAAAUGGUGUAUUCCUCUCGUGACUCCUCUCCGACGCGCCGCCUCAACACCCUUCCUUCCUCCACGGCCUCAGCGUCCUCCGGCUCUCCAUCUCGCUCACGCCUCUCCUACACCGGCGGCCGCCCUCCGUCCUUCGCCGGGUCCCACCCCCAGCAUGAGCAACCCCGACAUCCCCACCAUCCGUCAGCCGGCCACGCUGCCAACGCAGGCCUGUCUCCUUCACCCAGUGCCAUCCUGGAGCGUCGUGAUGUCAAGCCUGAUGAAGAAGUUUCUGCGAAAAACAUGGCGCUGAUGAAGAACGAGGGGUUGUAUGCAGAUCCCUACAGCUUGAUGCAUGAAGGUCGACUCAGCAUUGCCUCCACCCAGUCGUUAGCUGCCAUCGGAGACCCCUUUAGCUUCCCCGUAUCCACUGGCCUCUACCGCCGUGGCUCCGUGCGCUCCCUCAGCACCUAUUCGGCCGCUGCUCUUCAGGGAGACCUGGAGGACUCUCUCUACAAGCCCGGAGGUUCGCUGUACUCUGACACAUACUCCUCGGCCACUCUGGGCAUGGGUUUUCGAAUGCCGCCCUCAUCCCCACAGAAAAUCCCUGACAUGCAGCUGAGGGACAGGGACUCGUAUUCCAGCUCACCCAGGGCCUCACCUGUCAGGCAGAGUUUCCGCAAGGACUCUGCCUCCUCCUCUGUGUUCGUCGAGAGCCCGAAGUCGAGGCCCAGCUCUGGUUCAGAACCUCUGUGUCUAACAGCUGGACCUGGGGAGGGCAGCAGGACCAUGCCUGGUUUUGGAUCUUCAUUAUCUGGGCAAGAUGCAGAUACUAGCAGGGAUCAUCGCCUGGAGCGCAUGGAGGCCAUGGAGAAGCAGAUCGCCAGCCUGACUGGACUGGUCCAGAGUGUUCUGACCAGAGCACCGGACAGCGACAGCACAUGCGGCCUGCUGCGUCUCUGCAUGAUGGCGGGCUGCCCUCCGGACCAAGGGACGGAGUUUUCACGGCCAUUACCUUUCUCUUCCAGCGAGAAGACCGAAACCAACAGUGACGGCUCCGCCACUGGAACUGGACGGCUGAAGAAGAAAGCUCAUACGCCGUCGGCACCUCUAGCUCUGAUGCCGCCGCCACCCUCUAACUUGAGCCAAGUGAACAGCGUUGGUCGCUUGCAGAUGCAGCUCCAUCUGCACGGGCUGCAGCAAAACGCCACCGACCUGCGCAAGCAGCUCACCCAACUACGCAAGACACAGCUAGAGAACCAGGAUUCAGUGCGAACUCUGCUGAAACGGACGGAAGCGGAGCUGAACGUGCGCGUGGCUGACGCCCUGAGGAAGCAGGAGGAUCCUCUGCAGAGACAGCGCCUCCUGGUGGAGGAGGAGAGGCUCAAGUACCUGAAUGAGGAGGAGCUCAUCAUCCAGCAGCUCCACGACCUGGAGAAGUCAGUGGAGGAGAUCCAGAAGGAGUCGUCUGUCAACCACAAGCUGGUGACAGUGCAGGAGCUGGAGGAGAAGGCCACUGUUCUGAGAAAGCUGGGAGAAACACUGACAGAGCUGAAAAAUCAAUUCCCCGGCCUGCAGAGUAAGAUGCGGGUGGUGCUCAGGGUGGAGGUGGAGGCCGUGAAAUUCCUGAAAGAAGAGCCGCACAGGCUCGACGCCCUGUUAAAACGCUGCAAGACUAUAACCGACACCCUCGCCACCAUGCGCAAACAAGCGAAUGAGGGGGUAUGGAAGAAGCAAGAGGACUUCUCUAGUCCUUCAUCAAAGCACAACGAGGAUUUGCGAAAGUUUGCAGACUUUGACAUCCCCACCAGUCCACCGCUCACCAUCAAUGACCUUGGGGGAGGUAACAGCCUUUCCAAUUGGAGCCCUCACACCAGCCUCAGCCGUGGGCACGGUAACCCAUCCGGCCCUCACAAGGACAAUCAUCCUCCUGUUCCCCACAAGGGUAAAGCCUUGGAGGAGCUGGAGCGCCGUGCUGCUGCUGACAAAGCUUUGUCCGUCGAAGUCCGGCUGGCAGCAGAGCGGGACUGGGAGGAGAAGCGAGCCAGUCUAACCCAAUACAGCGCCCAGGACAUCAACCGGCUGCUGGAGGAGACCCAGGCUGAGCUAAUGAAGGCUAUUCCAGACCUGGACUUUGCUGCAAAGCAGAUCAAGCAUUCGUCCAACACAUCGUCCAGCCAGAACCCCCAGAGUGGAGCAGCGACCCCAGAGCACCGCGCCAGCAAGCCCCAGCACAAGCUUUCUGGAAAAGACGGAGGAUCCAGGCGUGGCUCUGAUGAGCUCACAGUACCUCGGUAUCGCACAGAGAAACCCUCCAAGUCUCCUCCACCUCCACCACCUAGACGCAGUUUCCCUUCUUCUCCAGGACUGACCACUCGCAGCGGAGAGCCACUAAUUCCUGGAAAAAGCAUAAAGAAAUCUGAAUCUGAAGAAACCGAAGGCCAGAAACCUCACAUAAAACUGAGGAGGACCGUGUCUGAAAACCCUCGUCCUGCAUCUACGCCCCCAACACUGGCCUCUGGGGACAAGGAGGAAUUAGAGGAGGAGAGAAUCGCUGCCGAACUGGAGGGAAGGCACUUGUCUCCUGUCCCCCACAUCGUGUUGACAGACUGUUCGCCAGCUUCACCCACUUUCUCAGAGGAUCCUGUCAGAGAUUUAGCAAAUGAACCUCUAGAGGAGAGUCCAUCACGAGACUGGACUGGUCAUCACAUGGCCUAUGAGACUAUAAUUUCAAGGAAAAGGUAUUCAGAGGGAUUCCAAAGCCCUCCUCAGCGAGAGCAGUCUUGUUUGGAUAUAGAAUCCAAACCGGGAGUUGCCCUGCUGCUGACAGAGCUGGAAGUGAGAGUGGUGUCUCCCCUCCAGGCCCAGGAGCUCAGCAGGACUGCAGGAGAAGUUCUGCAGAUUGUAACCAUCUCAGCACAGACUAAAGAAGUCUCUGAGGUCCAGCUGAGUGGGCGGCCUGUCCUAGUGCUCUGCAGGGAGGAAAAAACUGUCAAAGAUGCCUACAAACUGCUAUAUUCACUCUUGGAGUCGUCCAAACCGGUUCCUAAACCCAGAAUGAAAUCUUCCCACCACUCAGGCCAGGAGAGAUCUCUAGUGGAGGCUCUGAGGAGAGGGAUGGAGACAGAGGAAAACAUCCUAACACUUCAGCACACAGCUUACAUGACGCAGCAGAGUCCACUUAGCCUCACUAGUGAGUCCAGUGGGUUCAGUCGCUCUGUGGACAAUGUCACGAGUCGGGGGAAAACGGCAGAAGAUAUCCGGCGCAGCACCUACAAGAGGCUGGACAGCUUGGAGGAGACUAUUCGAGAGCUGGAGAACACUUUAAUAGAGAUCAGUGGACAUCCUAGGACAGAGCAGCUCUACACUGAAACAGCCACCAACAGUACUUCUCUACAGAGUCCAACUUCAGACACCAAGAAGCCACCGGUCCCACCCAAACCAUCAUCUCUGAGCCCAGCGCCAAUCCAGGGAGGAAAUAAUUCCAGCGUCGGGAAGGUUCUUCACUCCUCGGCUGCCUCCAAGCUGAAGCACCUGCAGCAGAACAGCACAGACAAGACUAAAAGUGGCAAAAGAGAGGACUUCCUGAAGAUCCAGGGCCAGCAACAGACGUGCCCACCUUGGGUGACCUCUCUGCUCGGCCCGCAGCUGAAGGCCUUGGGGACCAACAGCACCAGUGGCAGUAUUGAGCCAUACCUCUCUGGUAUCAAAACGGGCAUUUUUUCAGGCCGAGUGGCCUCUCCGGCAGCAGCGUUUGCCCCUGGCCUGAGGAAGUACCCCAAGGAGGGGUCAGUGCCCUCCCUGACAGCCUCCUCAAGCCAAGCAAAGGCCCUCCUAGCAAGCCUGACUGCCUCCGGCCUGAGCGCUGAGGCCUUGCUUCUCUCCUCCACCCUCCGUCAUCACCGCCUCCUCCGCGAGCAGCGAGCCUCCUCCCUACCUCUGUCCAGCAGCCAGUCCUCCUCCCCUACUCCCCCCGCUACCUCCUCCUCCUCUUCCUCCUCACCCACCACCCCUACUCCAUCCCUGUCUCCCUCCUCUCCCACCCCUUCGAAUUCCUUCACCUUCUCGUCUGGGGUUCUCAAGCCCAGCAGUCGUAGCCUUGACAGCUCCAGCCUCAACAGCUGCAAGGAUGGUGGCAGCGAUUAAGGACCUCGCCCACAACUCCUGGUGAUGAAUAGGAGGAGGAUGAGGACAUGGAAAAAUGCAAUUCAAACACAUCACGAAAUAUAAGGAGAAAACAAGUACAUCAUGGGAAAAAAAAACACUUUUUUAAAUGUUUUUUUAAACUCCUCUGGACUUUCUGGCUCCUUCUGUUCCUUAUUUUUCCUCCUGAUUAUAGAUUCACUCCAAUCUGCAGAGUCUUCAUAAUUUCAUGGCAACAUCCACAACACUGUAAAUGGAGUCACAGUCUUCUUUCUCACUCUGAUCUGGUUCCAUAGUUCCUCUGCAGAUCUCCCACGCAGUCACUCUGCCAGUUUUCCAGAUAGAGAGCACACAAACGGGCCUCCCUUCCCGCCAGAUGUGUGCUGUAAGCUGAUGUGCUCUGGAUGUAUUCACUGACAGUAGCGUCCUCACAUACACACCCUCACUCAGUGGGUUGUUCGUGGCAUAGAUGAAAUAUCUAGACUGUGACUUUGAUCAUAGAAAAUUAGAGCUGCAAUAAUCACCGAGUCAGUCCAGUAGUUGUGUGUGUUCAGGAUAAUGUUGAUCUCACUUACCUGCAUCACCUGUCAGAGUGUGAGUCUGUCGAGAAAAUGUAUUGAAAAAAAAAAAAGAAAAAAAUCACAGACAAGGUGAAGAUUGUGGUUUCAAGCUGUUUUCUGUUUAAAGGGGCAUUUGUGGCUUUUUCUUACAUCACCUGUGUUUUAAACUCUGAACUGGUGCUACAUUUUCCCCUCUGUUUGUACACACUGUGUGAAGAGUUUACAUGAUUGUUCUCACUUCCCUGUACAUUCCACUGUCUGGCUUCAGUUUUAUGUCGCAUUUCAACAUUUAUACUCGACGAAAUGAAACGCCGGUGUCUGUAAUUAGGAACACUUACAGCCGUUUUUAAUUGAAAAUUGGAAAUGACAGUAUAUUCACAAAAGCACACAACAGGGAGCAGUCUGGAAACAGCACAUCUCUGUUUAAAAUGCAACAAAGAGGCACAGUUAGACAAACAGAAGGGAAAAAUGCAAAUGAUGAAUUGUAUACAAAUGUUUUCAUGUUGUUUUCUUUCGUAUGUGUACUAUCUAGUUAAUUAUGACAAUCAGGAUGUUUCUACAGUAGCAUCUUUACAGUUUGCUCUGGCAUUUUCCACGCCUGACAUCGAAAUCCAUCCCAAAGACUCAAGCACACAUGGUGAUGAACAUCACACACACACACACACACAGUCUGUCACACAUGCACUUGUAAAGCCAAGUUGUACAGCACAGACUUUUUUUUUUCUUGCAAAUCUUCUGUGACGAUUCAUUUGAAGUCACAUCUGUUGCACCACUGAUAAAGAGCACCCUGGUAAAAUAUGCCAUAUUGACCAGAAUGUGAAUUUCACCCUUAAAGGAAUCCAAUCUACAGACUGAUAGAUGUUUUCUUGUGGGGCACUUUGCGUCUUUUGAUGUUCAAAGUUUUAUCUGCCAGGAAGCGGCUCCUUAAAAUUUUCAGCAAUUUGCAGGCCUCAUUAAAAAGCAGAAUACCCACUUUGAGCAAAAAUAAAACUUAUCCUUAGAUGACGCUCAGACAUCUGACAUUGUUUGAGCACUCGAUGAAGAUGAAAACUGUUAAUCAGCACAUAUUUAGACUUCACUUAGAACUUUGCUAUUAAAAGGGCCCGAGAGGAGAAUAUAGAAAUGUAAAGCAAGCACAGUUUCCUCUUGCUUGCUUGUAAUUUUGUGAAUCUGGGUCACAACGAAAAGCACAAAACUACAAAUGUUUCGUGAAAGCAACAAAAGAAAACUUCCCAGCACAUUAGAUAAACUGCACAUCAGAUUGCAAAAUACCGCUUUGGUUUUAUUAACUACAUUCUAAAACAUUUAUGAAUGAAGGCAGUGACGGUAGUUUCUGACUAUUUAAAGCACAUCUAAAGCCUGUCAGUGUAAACCCCUGCACCACGAGCCACUUUGAAGCUGUCUGUCCUGUGUGUUUGCCUCGAGGCCGCCUGCUGGGGAGGUGACGAGGUAGAACGGACAGUUACAGACAAAGUGAUUCUUUUCCAGUGUUGUUCCUCAGAAUGACUGUGUGAAAUCGAUUCUUUGUGGCAUUGAGAUUAAAACAUGUGCUAAGGGGCUCGUGUCAAAGAGUAGGCAGCUUGAGGAGAGGGGAUUAGUUUUGGGACAUGUGUUUGAAGGCUACUUUAAUAAGGCCGGCUUUGACUCGGCCCUGUCUCCAUCGAGAGCGCUUGCGAUAUAAAAGACCCAAAGAGAUGAGAGGAAGAGUUUUGACAGUCGAGAGAGCUGUUAAGCAGCUAUUCUUUCACUGCCCCUUUCACUUUGCUUUGUCUUUGGUGCGGGGCCUCUCUAAAAUAAAAACCACUCGGUUAGACAAGAACAAAGACUCAAUUAUGACCAACGUGUGCAAUAUGUAAUUAGCACUCUUGCAAUUUUACCAAGCCAGUGCUCUUUGCCUUUGACAUACUCCUGCCUGUUUGUCUGCAAGGACCUGUAACCAUGUUUUUCCCAGUGCCUCUAAGACUUGCCCGAAAUCCCAGAGUAAUCUUGUACUACAGUGUUAGAUCAGCAGCAGUGACAGAAUAACACUUUUAUCCAAAGAAAAAGCUGCGAGAACUGGCUUGUUCCCAGUUUGUCGCAGAGAAAUAAGAGAGAAACAAGAAAAGAAAGCAGCACUUGAAAUGCAGAGUGUGUCAGGUUGCAGCAGUGGCAUUUGACUAAACACUCCCCCAGCUCGAGGAGUGUGCAGAAUCUGCAAGCUCACAGCACAGCGAAUUAAGCCUCACCCUGGGUGCUCUGUAGCUCUGCCAGGCAGGUUCAAGCCCUGGGUUUCAUAUUGAGUGAAGUCAAAUGAAAGAAAUUCACUUACUCAUGCUGUUCCACACUCAAAUCCAUAACUCUCCAAGUUAAAAUUGCUGCAUUUGCGUCUGGCGAGCGUUGGAGAGGAAGUGUGCACGCUUGGCUGCUUUCCCCCAGUACAGUCUGAGACGAAACCCCCCCAGAAUUGCGUGACUUUGCUCUCUGGACUGAUUUUUUUUCAAGACAAGUGUUAGUGGGCUGUGAUUUCAACAUGGCUGGAGGCUUAGAGGGCAUGUCGAACACACUCACAGUGGACGCCUCUGGCAAUCAGAAAAACUCAUGCAAACUUGAAAUUAAAACAUAGAAGAAGUAUACAUAUAUAAAUAUAUCGAAGUGAGAUGUUUGUGUAUGAUAUUAUAAUUGUGAAGAAAAUGUGAUAUAUAUAUAGGCCUAGAUUAAAUUAUAUACUGUAAAAUGUCAUCAUCUUUUCUGUUUUAUAUAUUAGUGACCAUUUUGUACAGAUUUUUCUUUUUUAAUUCAUUGAGAGAGAUAUUACAUUUCACACUGAGAUUAUUUAUUCAUAUGCAGAACAUUUUUAUAUUUGUUUAAAAUAUCUGUAUAGAUAACAGUUAGCCUCUGUAAUAUACACUGAAGUUCAUUUUUAAAUUCUAGGAUUUUCUUUAAGAACACUGGGUUGGAUUUUAGGUAAUUUUGAUUUAUGAAAACGCUUGUCCCUGAAAACGCUCGUCCAGCUCGUCUGUAACUUUACCUCCUUAUGUGAAGCGUCACUUUAAGGUAUAAGAGGCUGGACCAGUGCCUGUGUGUAGGGGCUUAUUUUGCUACUAUCUUUUCUUUUGUUUUUGUGAGGAGAUCGUGUUGUUUACUGCACCUUUUAGGUCUGUUUUUUUUUUUUUUGGUUUCACCCGGUUCUGUAUUUGUGAUUCAGGUGGUAUUUGUGAUGUUGGAGAUGGUCAGAAACACAGAUAUUGUAGUAACUACUGUGACAGGUCUGUUUAUGGGCCCAGGGGCUUCAUAUGAGGCCUUGCUGCUUUGACAAAAAGUGAGUUACUUGGCUUUAAUUUAUUUCUGUGUCAUGUUUUGCAUGUGAACAGGAAUGUUGAUGCUCAGUGCAGAAAGGAUUCGGAGAAGACAGGCUAUUAAUAUUAACAGGUGGAAGUUGAUUUUGUCGCUUCGGUUGUUGCACUGAGUGGCUUUAGGUAGCAGUGAAGCUCAACUAUAAAAGCUCUAAAACCACUGAGCUGGAUUAAUAAGAGAAUUACGUGAAGCUGUAUGAAUUUAAAUCUUUUCGUUUGCCAUUUUAUCUUUUCUUUUUAUAUAUAAUGAACCUACAUUCUAUAGUAUGUAUAUGAGAUUUUUACAUGAAUGUGUGGAUGUUCAAAAAUCUUGGCAUCAAAAGUAGAAAAACAAAAAUUGACUUGUAAAUAGGCCGAGUCAUUCCUAGCGAGUUCAACAAAAUUGUUAUGUCCAAAAGCUGUUUUAUUAAUAAACUAUGACGAUGGGUACAAAGGUAUAUACAAAACAAUGCAUGUAUAGUCUCAAGCAAUCGCACGGUGCAGUUGAUUAAAAAAAUGUUGUCUACUUGUUUUCUCAAAAGAGUGAGAAAGAAAGCGGGAAGGAGAGGCGGUUCUAAUGUUGAGAGGUUUACAAACAGGAAGAACGAGACUUUAUUUUGCUAACUGUGACGCAGGCAUGUUCAGUUUUUCUGUGACGUUAUGUGACGAUGAUGGCUGAGAGUGUUGAAGGAUUCCGAAUGCUUGAACGCACCCCAACCAGAGAAGUCGCCAGCGAUGGUGUACUCUGUCCACAGAGUGAAUCUCCCAUUUGUAGAGUAGUGUGAUAUAAGAACAAAAAUAAUACAGAAAAUAGAUCUAUAAUAUAAUGAUAUAUAAAAUUUAAAAGCCUACUGAUACUGGAGAUACUAAUUUAUCAGUGUGGAUGCCAUGAUAUUCUGUGAGAAAUGUGUGUGUUUUUCCUGUGAGAAGACAGCAGGCAGUUGAACCUGCCUUCUUUUGUACAUAAUUUGCUGUGAUUGUGUGUCCAAUAAAGUGCAGCUCUCUUGUA